UGCGCGGCAAGAAGUGACGCGAUAACCAAUCAACGUGCCAUUCUUCCACAGAACUAAAAGUUUAUUAGCUGCUGCGUCGCUUCUUGCCGUGCGAUAAGUAUUUCCGCGUUCUAUAGACUAAGCCAUAAUUCAGGAAGUUCUUCGAAAAAGAACAGACUUAUCGGAACGAAAGGCAAACAUGUUAUAUACAGCUAUCUCUGUUAGAACAUUAUUUAGUGCAAGUUUUAUCAGUGUUUAGUAUCUAACAGAGUUUAUAACAAUAUUCACAAUAUGUGUAAUAAAUUAAAAUAUCCUCAUUAGUAAUCUUAACCUAACUUGUGACAUCAAAAUAAUCGUUUCUGUGCAUCAUUGACAAUGAAUAUUUUACCAAAGAAAAGGUGGCAUGUUCGAACGAAAGAGAAUAUCGCUCGUGUACGUCGAGAUGAAGCUAAAGCUGCGGAAGAAGAAAAGAUUAAACAAGAGCGAAUUCAAAAAGCUGAAACAGAGGCGAAGGUAAACUUUUUACGGGAUCAAGCAAGAUCCAAAUAUGAUGGUCGUGAAAAAACCAUUGUUAGUAACGUAAAAUUGGAGCAUGUCAACUUCUUUGCUGACCUAGAAGAUGGCAAGAUCGACUAUAACAGGCCAAAUGCUAACCAUGAGAGAGAGAAGAAGGAGGAGAAGGAAAAAUAUGAAAAACAAAUCGGUUAUUUGACAUAUCUGGGACAAGAUACAAAUGAAGCAACAGGAAAGAAGAACUGGUACGAGGAAUUACCAAAGAGGCUGGUGGAUAUGGAGAAGAAUGUAGAAAUAGAAACAAAGAAAAAAACUUUGAUCGAUCCAAUGGUUGAUAUAAAGAGGUAUCUGACUGUUAUGCGUUCUGAAUCUGCCAAAGAUCAACCAACAGUAAAGACAGAGGCUGUUAAACGAAAAUAUGAUUCUGACAAUUCUUAUUCUGACCAAGAGAGUCACAGCUCGCACAAGAAACAUAAAAAAGAUAAGAAACAUAAGAAACACAAGAAAGAAAAGUAUAAAGAAUCGAUCAAGAAGGAAACUAAAAGUCAGAGCAAUGUAGAUAUAGAGAAAUUGAGGGCAGAUAGAUUGCUGAGAGAACAAAGCGAAAAACUAAGAACCGAAACACUAAUGGCUAAAGUAAGAGGUGACCCAGUGCCUGUUAUAGCACCUGUUGUAACUCUUAAACCUGCGAUAAAGCAGAAAUAUAAUUCGCAAUUCUUUCCUGAAAUUGCUAGGCAAAAUGUGGAGAGAACACCCAACAAGUAUAAAUUGACGAAUAUCGACUCUUGAACUAUAUUUUUAUCGUUUUUGUUUCUGAAUGAUUUAUACUUGUAUCAUAUAAUUGUUGCAGUAAUAUUUCUAGUGUUAUGUAUUAUCUACCAAUACGCAAAAAAUGUACAAGUAUAUUAUAUAUAUAUAUAUAUA